AUGAACGAUGCGCCUUUUCCUGAAGGCAAUAUUGUGGAAGCUGUUCGUACUUCAUGCCGUGCGUUUGUAGCAGAUAGUCCUGUCAAAGUAUCAGGACAAGGUAUCGAGCUCUUUUUAGAGAAGCUCGAUAGACUUCAAUAUCUCGAAUUAUCGAACGAUGUGACCAUCAAGAUGCCGCUCAAAUUUGAUACAGUGCAUGAUGAAAUGAAUUUUAUUACCGUGAUUGAUUUAUUAAAUUUUGGCAGUGGCUAUCGAGUCCCCCUCCAUGCAAUGGUUGACCGAGGCGCGUUUGAUACAAUCAGAUUUGGUGCCAUGUCAUUCCAUAUUGGAGGUACACCUAUGGACGCAGAAACCUUCAAGAAAAUGACGGUAUUUCAGGUAGCCGAAAUCUUUCAAUUGCCCAUUGAUCGCGAAGUACGUCACGAAACUUUGGAUUUCGUCACCUUGACACAACCUACCGAACUUCGACCUUUUGCAGAUGGUUUGACCUCUGUGAUCAACACUACAGGUGAAUACCUUGUUGAACAUGGAUACAAGGAUCUCGCGCAAUUCAUCAUGGAUCAUGUGAAGACAGCCCCUCAAGAUGCCUGUUCGCUUGUCAAACAUUUCGCUCAACAUUUGCCUGGCUUGUUUGAUAAAUACAAGUUUGAUGACCAUGUUGUCUAUCUUUAUAAGAAAGCUCAAAUCAUUGUCUACCACCUCUAUUUGACUUUCCGAGAACAAUUACCGGAAUAUUUUGAUUUCAAGGAUAUCGAUCAACUCACCAUCUUUUCGGAUAAUGUUAUCCCUACCCUCUUGACAGAAUUAGGUGUGCUUCAGAUUCCAGAGUCAUGGCAAACUCAAAUUACUGCCAAUCAAGAUUUAAGCUUGCAACAAGCAACUACACUCAGAGCCGCAGCCGUAGUCGCAUGCGAUGAUAUCGUCAUGGCCGCAAAGACCGUGGGCCCCAUUUCUGAUAUGAGCACAGGUGCUUUGGAUGUUUACUUGUGGCGUUUAGCUAAAGAAGGGGAUUACCGUAAAAUCCCUCGUUUCCAAUUAAAAGACACCGUCAUGUUUUAA